AUGCUCCACACGCUGUUAAGUGAACCGAAAAAGCUUGACUAUCCGCAGAAUCCGUACGCGAACGAGUUGACGUUGGACGGCGGUGGUCUCGGCGACGACACAUCCGACGGUGAAGCUCAGGACGUCUGCAUGGAUCAACCGAUGCAGUGCCCGAACUGCAAACGUAUCUAUCCUAGUCGGGACAAGGUACGGCAGCACAUCAAAAAGUACUGUCUGAAGGAGAAAAAGUUUCAGUGCAUGUUUUGUCAGUACCGCUCUAAGCGCAAGGAUCACAUUGUCCGCCACACCGAUCGAAUGCAUCCAUCUCAGCUGAGGGCUAAGCUUCAGCAGGGCACUAUCAAGUGCUCGACCGAUGCUUUCUUGCAGCUGGAUCAAUCGGAUUCUAUUGGAGGCGGCGGCGAUGGAUCGACAGAAUAUUUAAGUGUAAGCUUCUCCGAGGAUUUCUCGAUUAACAGCGAAAAGUAUGAUUACAACGGAGUUAUUGUGACUACCAUUGACGAUAGCGAUGACGACGGCGAUGAUGUUACCCCUGUACUGUGGCAUCGGACCGAAAUCGGAAGUGACGUGGACGACACACUGAUCGGAAAGGACCGUUAUCAUCAUGACGCGAUCGUAUCCGUUCCACUAUUUGUGGAUGAGCAAAGUGUUAUGUUGCCAGUUUCGAAGCGUUUUCAAUUCUGCUGUGACAGACCACCGGCAGUAUACGAGUGUACCGAUUGUCACAAACAGUACAAAAUCAAAGGUUCACUGCAAAGGCACCGCCAGUAUGAGUGCAACAAGUUUCCUCAGCAAACGUGCCCCUACUGUUUCUACGUGACCAAGCAUAAACAUGACCUGAAAAAACACGUCCAGCUGCGACACAAGCGGCCGUUGCUUUAG